AUGGUUCUCCACCGUCGCCAGCAUCCCUCCAGCACUGUCAUGGAGGUGCUCUCCAAGAUGCUUUGUCAACAUGCCUCCCAGUGUGACUGCAUCAUGCAUCCCGUGAGAGCAGAAUCAGUGCAGGAGCCAGAAGUGGUGGUGAAAAAAGGAAGUCACGCAACAGAUGCAAUUCACUGUGAAAGCCAUUUUGAAAUCAAAGAUGGAGACGGGCAGAAGACUUGUGGCUGUGGAAGAAUGGCCUCUUCCAGGAGUUUUUCUGAGGAGCAAUUCCAGGAGGCUUGCGCGGAACUUCAGAAUCCCAGGCUGUCAGGCUGGAAUUGGCAGAUGGAAUCCAGGGGCCUUACCAUCUACUGGCAGCUAAACAGGCCGACUGGACUUUAUGAGUAUAAGAUCAUUGGUACUCUGAGAGCUUCACCAGAUCUACUUGCAGAUAUCUGUAUGGAUUUAGGCUAUCUAAGACGGCAGAUCCCACAGAUUACAGAAGCCUAUGAAACAGAAUGCAAUGGAGAAACAGUGAUCUACAUGAAAAUGGAGUUCCCGUUUUUUUUGUCCGGAAGAGAUUGCGUCUAUGUGCAGCAGAGGCGAGAACUGGACUUCAGGGGGCGGAAGGUGCAGGUGGUCCUGGCCAAGACCACCUCGGUGCCACAGUUCCCAGAGAGGUCAGACUUCAUCCGCGUGAGACAGUGCCGGGUGAAGCUGGCCGUGGAGAGCAACGGCAGUGACCGGAGCAAAGUGUUCAUUUACUACUUCAUAAACCCUGGUGGCUGGAUUCCAUCCUGGAUGUUCAACUGGGUUGCCAAGAAUGGAAUUCCUGGCUUUCUUGCUAACCUGGAGGAUACCUGCCUGAGGUACCAGAGGAGAACCUGAGAGAUUUAGGAGCUUUUUGUUUAUGAAUGAUGUCCCUGGAAGUGCCACAACUACUGAUGCUCAGCAUGUCUGUCAUUUUUCCAUCUCAGAAGCCUGCACACUCUCCAGAACCUUGUGCCCAAGUGUGCCAGCCUGAUGCCUAGCUUCCUUUCCCAUCCUCCCCACUCUGUGACACACCGCCUUGUUUCACUGUAGAAUGUGGGUCAGAUUCAGAAAACCCUUGCUUGCUUACUUUUUAAAAGGGGAAUCCUCAGGAGGGAACCCAGUCAUUCUAUUGUUCCAUUCUAGGGGGAUGGUGGGUGGAGGACUGAUAACACUGCCUAAGAGUGACUGACCCGAGCAAGUUGUCUCCCUCCCACAUGUGAGUUUUUGCAACACAAGAGGGUGACUUCUUCUUGCAGGUGCAUGACCUUCAGAGUUGACUCACAGUACAGCAAGAGUGGAAGAUUCAUGUCCAUUUCCUUUUGGCUUUGCUGACUUGAUUUGCCUGACUUGAAAUGAUAAUCUACUAAGCCUCUCUGCAUUUCUAUUUGUAGAGGAUUGUGAGCAGUUUUGAUUUCAAAUCAUUUUGAAAAAUG